AUGUCAACUGUCAACCUCAAAUAUUUCAUUGCUGUCAAAAUCAAUCUGAUUUUGAAUUUCUCUGGGAAUUUUGAAAUUGGAAUAUGAGAUAGUUCAUUUUCCAUUGCUAUAAUAUUUCCUGUAGCAAAAAUUAGUUCAACAAAUGAAUUUCCUAAGAAAUAUAUUCCCAAUAAUAUUCAUUAUUUUUCUCAAUGGUAAACUUACCAUCGGAGGUGUAAUGCAUAGCCAUAAUAAUGAAAUACACAAAGAAAGAGAAGCUGAUGGGGCCUACAGUCCUAGAGACCAUGCACAUUAUUCUGAAAGCGGAGAACAUAACACAGCUUUUGACCAUGAAGCAAUUUUAGGUAGUCAUGCUGAAGCAGAAGAAUUUGAUAGUCUUCCACCAGAAAAGGCAAAGGAAAGAUUAGGUCUCCUUUUGAAGAAAAUGGAUCUGAAUGGAGAUGGGUACAUAGACAGGCGAGAAUUGAAAGCAUGGAUUCUGCGAUCAUUCAGUUCACUUUCUGAAGAAGAAGCUUCUGAAAGAUUGGAAGAUAUGGAUGAGAACAGAGAUAAUUUAGUUAGUUGGGAAGAAUAUAAGGAAGAUACUUAUGACAGUGAAGAGGAAGGAAACAGUAAUUUACUUGAGGAUGAUAAAACAAUAUGGAAUGCAGCUGAUUUGAAUAAAGAUGGCAAACUAGACCUUAAGGAAUUCACAAUAUUUACUCAUCCAGAGGAGCAUCCAUCGAUGUUGCCAAUAUUUUUAGAACAAACAUUGAGGGAUAAAGACUUGAAUAAAGAUGGUUCAAUUGAUUUUCAAGAGUAUGUGGGCUCGCAAGCCAAAGAUCAUGAUAAACAGUGGUUGACUGAACAGAAACAUUCUUUUGACAAUGAUUAUGAUAAGGACAAAGAUGGAAAAUUGAAAGGAGAUGAAAUAUUAUCAUGGAUUGUCCCUAGUAACGAGGAUAUUGCAGAGGAGGAAGUUGAUCAUUUAUUUGCUGAAAGUGACGAUGAUCACGAUGAUUUACUCAGCUUUUCUGAGGUGGUCAAUCAUUAUGAAACUUUUGUUGGGAGUGAAGCUACUGACUAUGGGGACCAACUCUACAAGAGUCAUCAUUUUACUGAUGAAUUGUGAAAUGUCAAGUGCUAUUUUGAAGAUCUGUGUAACCAAAUAAUUAAUUUAUUAGUAAUCUUAAUGUUCUUUUGUAAGUCUGUGUUGUAAGUUCGUGCCAUAAUUCAUUUUACAGAAUAAAUUAACUGGAUUGUU